CGGCGGUCACACUGCAUCCAAGAGAUAAUAAUUAAUAAUAAUUAAAAAUAAGCGCAUCAUAACCAUGUCAGCGGCUGGUAGAGUUGAUGACGAGCCGACAACGCUACCAGCUACACAGGAGCCACCAUCCUCAGGCCCAGCGACGCCAGCGGUGGCCGAAAUAGCCGCAUCCAGUAUUCGUUCGGGCUUGGCCGAGCUGGAGCUGAGAUCUUCGCAGGUCCUGCAGCGACUGGAGAAUGUAAAGACAGUGCCCGGAGCGGUGAGCCCGAAAGCCAGCGGCAAUGCUAAUGAUGUCGAGGAGGAGCACGAUCCGGAGGCGGAGGCUGAAUAUUCGGAUCAACUGCCGUUCACACAGCUGCGUCCGGAGCAUCGUGUGCCGUCGGACAUACUGAAAUCGUUGGAACAACUGGUGGCCUACACGGACAGCGACGAUGAUCCCGAGUUCCCGCUGCCGGCCCUCGACGAUGUCUCCCACUUGGCGCUCAUCUCGCACAGCAUUGUGGCGUAUCUGUCGCAUCUGGACAGGCAGCAGCUGCUGCGUGUGACCAACAGCAUAUCGGGUGAUGCCACACGCUGGCUGGGGACACUGUUCCACUUUAACAAUCCGGCCAGCAGCUUUCAUGCGGACAAUGCCGAUGCCAUACUGCGCACCGUCCGGCUGGCCAUUGUCGCCCGCUGUCCAGGCUAUCUGGAGGGUGGCAUACCGGCCCUAGCCCAGCCCUGCUUCUACAUCUCGGAGAACACGACACCGGUGAGGCUGCAGUAUGCCUGCCGCCAGCUGGGCAUACCCUUAGACGCAAUCAAAAUCAUACCCGAGCACAGUCAAUACGGCACCAUGGACCUGACGCAGCUGCAAAAGCAAAUCCAGUUGGAUUUGUCGGCCAACAGGACACCGCUGCUGGUGGUGGCCGACAUUGGAGCAUCACUGUGCGGCUACGUGGACAAUCUGCAGCGGCUGCGAGACGUGUGCAAGCCGCACAACAUGUGGCUGCAUGCCAGCGGCCAUGGCCUGGCCGCACUCGUUUGCGCCCAAGGCCAGAGCCAGGGCCACGUCGACGAUGUGCUCCAUUCGAUGGCCCUGAAUUUGGGCAGCUGGCUGGGCGUGCCCAGUCUGCCGAUUGUGCUGUUGCAUCGUCCACUGCUGAACAGUGCGCUGAGUGCCUUUGAAUCCGAUCCGAUCCUGUCGCGACGCCUCAACUCGUUGUCGCUGUGGACGAGCCUGCAGGCACUGGGCCGCAAAGCAAUAGCCGAGCGCCUUCAUGUGGCAUUUCAGACGUGCAGUAUUCUCUUCGAAAUUGCCUCCAAGUGUGAGGGUAUACGUGUGCUGAGUCACACACCUGGGGCACAGACGGGUGCCUCGCUGUCGGAUAUUAUACAGAGCCCCUUCGAUGUCAAUACAUUAUUCGAUGCAGCUGCACCCGUGGUGGCCUAUCAGUUCGAUGGCAGCACAACCAUUCCAAUUAGCGGCAAUCUGGAGGCAGCCGAACGUGAAACGACGGCCACGGGUGGCCUCAAGCCCCUGGAGAAGAUCAAUAAUGCUUCCUACUUUGAUCGCCUCAACUCCUGGCUGGGCCAGAUCUUGCAACGUGACUGCCCCAAUUUUGACUUUGAAGUGAUUGAACAUCCCACACAUGGCAGCUGCAUUCGCUAUUGCCCCCUCGAACUGGGCCUUGGGGAGCAGCCGCCCAGCUCGGAGAAUUUGGAGAGCUUCGCCCAGAGCCUGGAGGCACAUGUGGACAUUUUGCGAGCGACCAUCAAGCACAAGGCACGUUUCAUUUACCUCGUGGAGCGCAGCGAGGUGUUGCGUCUCGUACCCCUGCCCGAAUGGGCGGGCAUGGGCGGAGUUCGCUUUGUGCCCGAAAGCUGGGAAUCGCUGCUAACGGAUCAGGCCAAAACGGAGCUAAACAAGCUGAACAUUGACUUGGUUGAGGCUCUCAAGUCCACGGAUAAUGCCUUUUCGCUGGGCGAGGGCACCGAUGGUCUGAUUUGUGUGCGCUUUGGCAUGGUCACGCACGAGACGGAGGUGGAGGAGCUGCUCGAUUUGGUUGUCACUGUGGGCAAGAGUGUGCAGGAGAACUCGCGAGUCUUGGACACCAUGUCGGAGAUUGUCAAGAAGGGCAUUGAAGCUGUCACCGCUGAUCUGCAACGUGAAUCUGAGGAGAAACUCUGGCAGGAGGGCAUCCUACGGCAUGUGCCCGUUGUGGGACGUGUCUUCAACUGGUGGUCACCGCCAGCCAAGGAGUCUGGCAUCAAGGGACGCAGCCUCAAUCUAACCCAGGGCGUUGUCGAGAGCACUGAAAAUAUUUACAAAUACCACAUGCAAAUGACUGGCGCAACGGCUCAUCAGCUGCCGGCGAAUCGUUCGCCCCCAACACCCAUGGUGCAGACGCCAGUGGGCGCGACAGCCACGCAGCAGCAGCAGCCCGUCUUUCCCACUGUGGAGCCAGUGUCUGGUGGAUCGGGUGAGGAGGGUUCACCCAAUGGCCACGAAACGGUCACGAUAGGCGCUGCACCGGCCACACAGAAUCAUGUGGAUCAUGCACGAACCGUCAGCCAGAGCAGUGCCAGCUCCUCGGUGGUGCCCGAAUUGGUGCCGGCAAACAGUGCAAUUACACAAUAAUAAUUAAAAGCAGAAAGCAUAAAGAAAAAAGGAUAACUUAACUUAGGCAACAGGCACAGCCAAAGCCCCAAAGCCCGCACAGCCGCAGGCUUCAUGAAUUAACUUCUAGAGCGAAAUUAGGCCGCAAAGCAAAAAUAUCAAAGGACAACGACAAAAAUUGAUGACAAGCAGCUUGGCACACAGCAGUAACGCAGAGC